GAAUUCAAGGAGUGAUAAGUGGACUUUUUAUAAUGCGAGAUAGGCAGAGUGGACUGGUUAUACUAGAACAAAAAGUCAAGCCAAUCGCAGCAGUCCAGGCUUUUUAUUAGGUUAGACAAAAUAAAUAUUUUGAUUGUACAAUUUAAUAAGACAGCGCUCUAAAACUAAGAAUAUAGUCCAAGAGAAGAACAGAGUCAAGAAGAAAAAAAAAUAGUACAAGACCGAAAAAGAAAGAACAGAAAAAAGGGAAUAAAAACAACCACAGCAUGUAAUAUCACAUUCAUACAGCAUCAGGCAUGAGUACAUUCCGACUGUUUCAUCAGGUCGAGUCAGUAUUCAUACAAGUGUUUUUUAAGUCCACCCAGUCUAAGACUGGUUCACAAAGAUGUAGUUAAAUGAAAGAAUAAUAACAAUAUAAAGUGAUAUAAAGACUUUAAUGUUUGUACUAAAGUAAGUGUACUUUCCACAACUGCAGUGAGUGUGCCAGUGUGUGUAAUUACAACCCCCCCUACAGUCUUCAUCACCCCCCACUGACUCUCUCUGUGAGGGAUCAGUGGCAGUGAAUUAGCUGCUUGCUGUACCAACAAGAAAGGGGGGGGUGUGAGGAGGAGGUAGUCAUUUACCGCCACCCCUCUAGACCUUCACACAAACGAGAGAGGGGAGAGAAGGAGGAAAGAGCAGAAGAAGAGAAUGAGAAGUAAGGAGUGAAAUCAAUAGGCAAAGAUCUUUAAGUUGGAGAGAGAGAGAGUCAUACAGGUAAGAGAAAAAAAGAAAAGGAAGAUUGAAAAGGAUAAAGGGUUGGGGUUAGCUUGGUUUGAAAUAGAGAUGAUGAUGUGCCUCUCUUACAGCUCCUGGGUUGACCGUGUGGUUCUCUACGCCAUCCCUCCUUCCAGAGGUGAACAUCUUUGACCAAAAGUGGAACACGAGGAGGACAGAAGAAGGGAAGUGCAAGUUGAGAUCACACUGAAGGUGUCCACAGGUGACUGCUGAUGUCCUGUCAUAAGGACACACACGGGAACCAUGGUCAUUCUACAGCAGGGCGACUUUGUCUGGUUGGACUUGAAGACUGGACGAGAAUUUGAGGUGGCAGUCGGCGCGGUGGUCAAACUCUGUGACUCGGGACAGAUCCAGGUGCUGGAUGACGAAGGAAAUGAGCACUGGAUUUCCCCCCAGAAUGCAACCAACAUCAAGCCAAUGCAUCCCACCUCCAUCCACGGUGUGGAGGACAUGAUCCGCCUGGGAGAUCUUAACGAAGCCGGUAUCCUACGCAACCUGCUCAUCAGAUACAGAGAGAAGCUCAUAUAUACGUACACCGGCUCCAUCCUGGUGGCCGUCAACCCGUACCAGCUGCUGCCCAUCUACACGGCCGACCAGAUCCGCCUCUACACUAAUAAAAAGAUUGGAGAAAUGCCGCCCCACAUCUUCGCCAUCGCUGACAACUGUUACUUCAACAUGCAGAGGAACAACCGCGACCAGUGCUGCAUCAUCAGUGGGGAAUCUGGAGCCGGUAAGACAGAAAGCACCAAACUGAUCCUGCAGUUCUUGGCAGCCAUCAGCGGUCAACACUCCUGGAUAGAACAGCAGGUCUUGGAGGCCAACCCUAUACUAGAAGCCUUUGGCAACGCUAAAACCAUCCGCAACGACAACUCGUCUCGUUUUGGGAAAUACAUUGACAUCCAUUUCAACAAGAGAGGAGCCAUAGAGGGAGCCAAGAUAGAGCAAUACUUGCUGGAGAAAUCCAGAGUCUGUCGACAGGCCCUUGAUGAGAGGAACUACCACGUCUUCUACUGCAUGCUAAAGGGCAUGACUGCAGAGGAGAAAAAGAAACUGGGUCUGAGCAAGGCCACUGACUACAACUACCUGACCAUAGGUAACUGUACAGUGUGUGACGGCCGAGACGACAUGAAAGAGUACUCCAACAUCCGCUCAGCUAUGAAGGUCCUGAUGUUCACAGACAAAGAGAACUGGGAGAUUUCCAAACUACUAGCUGCUAUAUUACACAUGGGAAACCUCCGAUAUGAAGCUCGCACCUACGACAACCUGGAUGCCUGUGAGGUCAUCCGCAGCUCUCACCUCACCACUGCUGCUAUGCUGCUGGAGGUAGAUGGCAAGGACCUAAUGAACUGUCUGACCAGCCGAACUCUGAUCACCAGAGGAGAGACCGUCUCUACCCCUUUAAGCAUAGAACAAGCUCUGGAUGUACGGGAUGCUUUUGUUAAGGGAAUAUACGGACGCUUGUUUGUGUGGAUUGUGGAGAAGAUCAACGCAGCCAUCUAUAAGCCAACGUCCUCACAGCCCAAAGCUCUAAGACGCUCCAUCGGACUGCUGGACAUCUUCGGCUUUGAGAACUUCACUGUGAAUAGCUUUGAGCAGCUGUGCAUAAACUUUGCCAACGAGAACCUGCAACAAUUCUUUGUCCGGCACGUCUUCAAACUGGAGCAGGAGGAGUACAACCUGGAGAACAUCAACUGGCAGCACAUCGAGUUCACCGACAACCAGGACGCCUUGGACAUGAUCGCCAUCAAACCCAUGAACAUCAUCUCGCUCAUCGAUGAGGAGAGCCGGUUCCCCAAGGGCACAGACACCACCAUGCUAAACAAGCUGAACUUUCAACACAAGCUCAAUACGUACUACAUUCCUCCAAAGAACAACCACGAGACCCAGUUUGGUAUCCAACACUUUGCUGGAGUGGUUUACUACGAAACAAAAGGCUUCCUGGAGAAGAACAGAGACACUUUAUACGGUGACAUCAUCCAGCUGGUUCACUCUUCGAAGAACAAGUUCAUUAAACAGAUCUUCCAGGCCGAUGUCGCGAUGGGGGCAGAGACCAGGAAGCGUUCGCCCACCCUGAGCAGUCAGUUUAAGAGAUCUCUGGAGCUGCUAAUGAGAACUCUGAGCGUCUGUCAGCCCUUUUUUGUUCGCUGCAUCAAACCAAAUGAGAACAAGAAACCCAUGUUGUUUGACAGGGAGCUGUGUGUGCGGCAGCUGAGGUACUCUGGUAUGAUGGAGACCAUUCGCAUCCGCCGCGCGGGAUACCCCAUCCGCUACACCUUUGUGGAGUUUGUUGACCGCUACCGGGUGCUCAUGCCUGGAGUCAAACCUGCUUACAAACAGGAGGACCUGCGGGGAACCUGCCAGAGGAUCGCAGAGGCCGUGCUGGGCAGAGAUGAUGAUUGGAAGAUGGGAAAGACCAAGAUCUUCCUCAAGGAUCACCAUGACAUGCUCCUGGAGAUCGAGAGAGACAAGGCCAUCACAGACAAGGUCAUCAUCAUCCAGAAGGUGGUUCGAGGUUUCAAGGACAGAUCCAACUUUCUGAAGAUGAGGAAGUCGGCUGUGUUCAUCCAGAAGACGUGGAGAGGGUACCACUGUCGGAAGAACUACGGAGCUAUGCGAGCGGGCUUCUCUCGCCUCCAGGCUUUGGUUCGUUCCAGGAAGCUAUGCGCGUCGUACAACGUAGCCCGUCAGCGAAUCACUGGCUUCCAGGGCCGCUGUCGGGGGUUCUUGGUGCGCCGGGCGUUCAGACACCGGCUGUGGGCCGUCAUCACCGUCCAGGCCUACACCAGAGGCAUGAUCGCCCGACGGCUGUACAAAAGGCUGAAGGGAGAGUAUCGCAGGAGGCUAGAGGCGGAGAAGAUGCGUCUGGCUGAAGAAACCAAACUGAGGAAUCAGAUGUCUGCAAAGCGGGCGAAGGCCGAGGCAGAGCGCAAACACCAGGAGCGUCUGGCCCAGCUGGCCAAAGAAGACGCCGAGCGGGAGAAGAAGGAGAAGGAGGAGGUGCGGAGAAAGAAGGAGAUGGUGGAGCAGACGGAGAAGGCCCGCUUGGAGCCCGUCAACGACUCCGACAUGGUGGACAAAAUGUUUGGCUUCCUCGGUACGACGGCCUCUUUCCCGGGUCAGGAGGGGCAGGCCCCCACCGGCUUUGAGGACCUGGAGCAGUCCCACCGGGAGCUGCAAGAGGAGGAUCUGGACGAGGCUCUUCCUCUGCCCGAGGACGACGAAGAGGAAGAUCUCUCGGAGUACAAGUUUGCCAAGUACGCUGCCACCUACUUCCAGGGCACCACAACACACACCUACGUCCGACGGCCCCUCAAACAGCCUCUGCUGUUCCACGACGACGAGGGGGACCAGCUGGCUGCCCUAGCGGUGUGGAUCACAGUGCUGAGGUUCAUGGGAGAUCUGCCGGAGCCCAAGUACCACACGGCUAUCAGCGACGGGAGCGAGAAGAUUCCUGUCAUGACAAAAAUCUACGAAACGCUGGGGAAGAAGACGUACAAGAGGGAGCUGCAGGCGCUGCAGGGGGAGGGGGAGACGCCUCCCGCUGACAACCACAAGAAGAACAGCGUCAGACACAAGCUGGUGUCCCUCACGCUGAAAAAGAAAUCCAAGAUCACUGAAGAGGUCACCAAGCGUCUUAAUGACGGCGAACAUGGUCUCCAUGGUAACAGCAUGCUGGAGGACCGGCCAACAUCCAAUCUGGAGAAACUUCACUUCAUCAUCGGCAAUGGGAUCUUGAGACCAGGAUUAAGGGAUGAGAUCUACUGUCAGAUCUGCAAGCAGCUGAGUCAGAACCCGUCCAAGAGUUCUCACGCUCGCGGCUGGAUCCUCAUCUCAUUGUGUGUCGGCUGCUUCGCCCCUUCAGACAAGUUUGUCAAGUAUCUGAGGAACUUCAUCAACAGCGGGCCGCCGGGUUACGCUCCGUACUGUGAGGAGAGACUGAGACGCACGUUUGUUAACGGGACGAGAACACAACCUCCAUCCUGGCUAGAGCUGCAGGCUACCAAGUCAAAGAAGCCCAUCAUGCUGCCGGUCACAUUCAUGGACGGUACCACCAAAACACUGCUGACGGACUCUGCCACCACAGCCAAGGAGCUCUGCAACGCUCUGUCCGACAAAAUCAACCUGCGGGACCGCUUCGGAUUCUCACUCUACAUCGCACUGUUCGACAAGGUCUCGUCUUUGGGCAGUGGGAACGACCACGUGAUGGACGCCGUGUCCCAGUGCGAGCAGUAUGCCAAGGAGCAGGGAGCCCAGGAGAGGAACGCCCCCUGGAGGCUGUUCUUCAGGAAGGAGAUCUUCACGCCAUGGCACUCCCCCACCGAGGACCAGGUCGCCACCAGCCUCAUCUACCAACAGACCGUCAGGGGCGUCAAGUUCGGGGAGUACCGCUGCGACAGGGACGACUUGGCAGAACUGGCCUCUCAGCAGUAUUACGUGGACUACGGUUCUGAGAUCCUUCUGGAGCGCCUGCUGAGCCUCAUUCCCUCCUACAUCCCAGACAGAGAGAUCAGCAGCUCCAGGACGGUGGAGAAAUGGUCUCAUUUCAUCAUGGCUGCACACAAAAAGGGCAUCUACACCCAGAAGAGAUUUGACCCUCAGAAGGUGAAGGAGGAAGUGGUGGACUUCGCUCGACACAAGUGGCCUCUGCUUUUCUCUCGUUUCUACGAAGCCUUCAAGUUCUCAGGUCCCAGUCUGCCUAAAAACGACCUGAUCGUUGCCGUCAACUGGACCGGGGUUUACUUUGUGGACGAGCAGGAGCAGGUCCUCCUUGAGCUCUCCUUCCCAGAAAUCACUGCAGUUUCCAGCAGCAGAGGAGGAAAGUUACAGAGUCAGAGUUUCACUUUGGCGACCAUCAAAGGAGACGAGUACACCUUCACCUCCAACAACGCGGAGGACAUCCGCGACCUGGUGGUGACCUUCCUGGAAGGCCUGAGGAAGAGGUCCAAGUUUGUGGUUGCGCUGCAGGACAACCCCAACCCCACUGGGGAGGAGUCGACGUUCCUGAGCUUCAUGAAGGGAGACCUGAUCCUGUUGGACCAGGACACCGGCGAGCAUGUGCUCAACUCUGGCUGGGCGCACGGUAUCAACGAACGGACCAAUCAGAGGGGAGAUUUCCCUGCUGACUGCGUCUAUGUCCUGCCCUCAGUGACACGACCUCAGCAAGAAAUACUGGCGCUGGUUACCAUGACGCCUGACCAGCGGCAGGAGUCGGUUCGUGUUUCGCAACUCGUUCCGCCGGAGAGUGACGACAGGAUGAAACCCUACACGCUGGAGGAGUUCUCCUAUGACUACUUCAGGCCUCCUCCCAAACACACCCUGAGCAGAGUGAUGGUCACUAAGAAUCGGGGGAAGGACAAGAUGUGGAGCUGCACCAGAGAGCCGCUGAAGCAGCCGCUGCUUAAGAAGGUCGUCAACCACGAGGAGCUGGCCCAGGACGCCUGCAUGUCCUUUAUAGCUAUGAUGAAGUACAUGGGCGACUACCCGUCCAAGCGGACGCGCUCCGUCAACGAGUUGACAGACCAGAUCUUUGAGGGAGCACUGAAGGCGGAGCCUCUGAAAGACGAGAUCUACUGUCAGAUCAUCAAGCAGCUCACUGACAACCACGUCAAGUACAGCGAGGAGAAAGGCUGGGAGCUGCUGUGGUUGUGUAGCGGUCUGUUUCCUCCCAGUAACGUGCUUCUGCCACACAUCCAGCGCUUCCUCCAGUCCAAGAAACACCACCCCCUCUGUGCAGACUGCAUGCAGAGGCUGCACAAGGCUCUGCGUAACGGAUCCAGGAAGUACCCCCCUCAUCUGGUGGAAGUGGAAGCAAUCCAACACAAGACAACGCAGAUCUUCCACAAAGUAUAUUUCCCCGACGAUACAGACGAGGCGUUUGAGGUGGAGUCCGGCACCAAAGCAAAGGAUUUCUGCCAGAACAUCUCAACCAGACUGCUGCUCAAAUCACCUGAAGGCUUCAGCCUCUUUGUUAAGAUCUCAGACAAGGUGAUCAGUGUGCCAGAGGGAGAUUUCUUCUUUGACUUUGUCAGACAUUUGACCGACUGGAUUAAGAAAUCUCGGCCUGCUAAAGACGGAAUCGUUCCCUCUCUGACCUAUCAGGUGUUCUUCAUGAAAAAGUUGUGGACUAACACAGUUCCAGGGAAGGACUCCUUCGCCGAUUCUAUCUUUCACUACUACCAGGAGCUGCCUAAGUACUUGCGUGGCUACCAUAAGUGUUCACGGGAAGAGGUUUUCCAACUCGCAGCGCUCAUCUACCGCGUCAAGUUUGAGGAUGACAAAUCCCACUUUCCUACAAUUCCCAAGAUGCUUCGGGAGCUGGUUCCCCAGGAUCUCAUUCGUCAGAUGUCACCAGAUGACUGGAAAAGGUCGGUGGUUGCAUACUUCAACAAGCAGGCCGGUAAAACAAGAGAAGAAGCCAAACUGAUGUUCCUAAAGACCAUCUACAAAUGGCCAACCUUUGGCUCCGCCUUUUUCGAGGUCAAGCAAACCACGGAGCCCAAUUUUCCGGAGAUCCUGCUGAUCGCCAUCAACAAGCAUGGAGUCAGUCUCAUUGACCCGAAGACUAAGGACAUCCUCACCACUCACCCCUUUACCAAGAUCUCCAACUGGAGCAGUGGGAACACCUACUUCCACAUCACCAUUGGCAACCUGGUCAGAGGAAGCAAGCUGCUGUGUGAGACCUCACUGGGCUACAAGAUGGAUGACCUACUGACCUCAUACAUCAGCCAGAUGCUGACCACCAUGAACAAGCAGCGCUCCGGUCCGCGCCACAGCAAGUGAACUUCUCACUGGCAGGAGGCCGCUGAGCUUGUUCGGCUCCUGCGCCCUAUUGGCCAGCACUGCAGCUGGGGGCGGACCUUUGCAGACCAGUUAUGGACGAUGAGCCGCAGUCCUUCUGGUAGCUCAGAUGGGUCAAAUCUGACCAGGGAGAGUUCCGCUGCCAGCAGCAACGACCCCGGCGAAGGCCCCAGCAACUAUCACCACGACAACCACGGCGAAGGUGAGGAUGAGCUGUCCAGUGAGGACGACUACCUCUAGACCCGCAACGCCUCUCCCAAAAGGCCGGCUCUCCUUGAUUGGUUCAGGAUUCAACUACAGGGGAGACUGGUGGACUACAUUGACUCAUAAUGAACAUGUGUUGGGUCCUUUUUAUGCCUUUUAUAUUUCAUGAAAUUACUAGAAAUAUUAAUAUACACUAAAACGCUGGAAAGUACUGAUAAUAAAAUGAAAAUGUAAUAAUAGUAUCAAUAAUUGUAGGCCUUAUUGCCAUCGCUGUUUUUCUAUAUACAGGUCUAUAUUUGACCUGUAUGAUUGUGAAAAGGGAGUUAGAAUCAUCUUUAAAAAUCUAAAAAAAUGUGUAGUUUAUUAAAGUAGAGCACAGUUUACCUUCAUUGAGGUACAGCUCAGCCUGGAGAAGACAUGUACACAUUUGAUUUCAGUAACAACACCGUCCUUCCUCAGGCUCACCAGCGAUAAGGAUCUAAAAGAGGGACAAAUGUCAUCCAUCUUUUAGUUAGCUUUAGUAAAUCAGUUCUCUCUACACCUGGCUCGAUCACUGUGGUGACUUAAAGUCAUGGACUGUAUUUAAGUGUAAUGUGUUUGUUUGUUUGUUUGUUUUUAAACCCCAUUCAUGAUUUAUCCUCAAGCAUCAAAUGUUGGUGAUUAUUAGCAGUCAGUUUCUGUUUAGUUUUACAUUUGAUGGCGUAAGUGUUUCCAUAUUUGUGUUGAGACUGCAUUAUGUAGCAUUGCUGUGGCUUGUUGCUGCUGAUUUAAUGGGACUUUUGUAACAUUCUUGCUGUUGUACAAAAAACUCUUGACUUUUACUUGCUUUCUUAAAAAUGUUGUCACAUAAGAGCUGCCGACACAAAUAGUCCAUCCCUUGAUGAUACGCCCAAAAAGCAGUUAGUAAAAUGACCUUGGCGAAGUCUGAUUUAUCAUCUACUCUCACACUCCUGUAGUUUUUAGCGUUACCACAAAUAAAAUGUAGAUAACUAAAUCCGUAAGUUUCCAACAACUAUAUACACAAUAAUAACAAUAAUACCAUCAAGAGAAUCAAAGACCUCCACAGCAAGGCCCAUCUGGCUCACCACUUUGGAGGCACCAGGCGGGUACAAAAGACCCUUCAAAAGGCGUUUUGUCUGAAAGGAAAUGUUACUAUAGUCAAGAGCAUCACACAUGUACUCGUUCUUCUUUAUAAAGGCCCUCCAUGUGCUAAAUAUGUUUUUACGUUCAGGAUCAUUGAUUGAUCCAUACAUGACUAUUGUAUCAUCAAAGUCCUUCAGCAGAUGAAAUGUUUAUUAUUUGAAAGAGUUCUCAAUAAAAGUGGUGACAUGUAACCUAAAUAGUAAUAAAUAUUCUGUAUGAUACAUCAUUUGUAUACAACACUUCAAAAUACAAACAUUGUGUCAAUAUUUAAUUAGAACUUAGCUCGUUUUUGAAAAUAGACAAAUAAUUUUGUUGAAUCAUGAUAAAAGUCCAAUCUGAACCACAAAGGUCUCUCAUUUUUAUAUAAUGCUUUCCCUGUGUUGGUGACAUGUCAGCGUGAAGUCUACCGUCUUCUCCUUGUAUGAUUAACAAAUACAUUGGUAUUUUAACAGUGCCAACCAUUUAUUUUCAUGUGGUCAGUUUGUGGUUUUUCUUUGACUAACAGACUGUUGUGUAUUGUCUUUGUAACCAGAUCGUCUUGAUUCCCUGUAGUGUUCUUCAGUUCUUUGCAACGUCUGCUCUUUACAUAAAGCAUUGAAUGCAUUUGUUUUGACUUGAUUGGUUUAUAAAUUAAUAGUUAAUAUUGUUCACAAUGUAUUUAACACUGCUGGGGCACUGAUCCAGUGGUUUUCACAUUAUUUAUACUUUUACUGCCACUAGUAUCCAGUUCACCAAGAUAGUGCAACAUGUUAAACAAAAAUGAUUGA